CCCACGGCACUGUUGCUGUACCCACAUGCGGAUGAUCCUAUGGUAGUACUAUCGGGUUUCGGCUAUGUUAUGAUGACGCUGCUUUCUAAAAAGAAUCGAUUCUGUGAGGCUGGGAGGAUCCGUUGUUCUGGACCGCGAAACCCUGCAUAAAAGUAGUCGUGUGCCAGGGCCACGCCAGAUAUAUUGUACACCUGCAACCACCUUGUGCGCCACGAACCGUUGAACUGGUGUAACAAUCACAAAGUUUUUUUUUCUUUCUUUCUCUUUUUUCCUUUCCUCCCUUGUCUACUUGGUAUAGGAAGAACUGAAGCUAUCUGAACGGCAAGGACAUCGCCUGCUGAACCAACCAUAACCAUACCAUACAGAGAAACCUUGCGGCGUGGAGGAAGAGAGAAAAGAGAUCCAUUGCGUGCGACACACAAGAAGUUUCCUGCCUUGCAGUAACUGAUCAAGUGCAGAGAUGCUGGUCUCGAGGUCGAUAUGGGCAGCAGCAAGCACGGCUCUACUGGCCGCCAGCCUCUCCGCAGCACAGACAAGCACGUCUUGCAAUCCCACCGAGACGACAUGCGAUCCCGAUGAGGCGCUGGGGAUGGAGGUGGAUGUGGACUUUACGCAGGGCGAGGUCAACUCGUUCACGGCCAGCGGCGGCACGCCUACCUACGGCUCCGACGGGGUGACCAUGACCAUCACGGAGGAGGGCGACGCGCCUCAGCUCAACUCGGUCUUCUACAUCAUGUUCGGCAAGGUGGAGAUCACCAUGAAGUGCGCCAACGGCACGGGCAUCGUCAGCUCCGUGGUCCUGCAGUCGGACGACCUGGACGAGAUCGACAUGGAGAUGCUGGGCGUGGCCAACGAGGAGAUGCAGACCAUGUACUUUGGCAAGGGCGAGCGAGCCUCGGACGCCGAGGUCACCGUCACCACGCCCGAUAACCAGGCCGACUUCGUCACCUACACCGUCGACUGGACCGCCGACCGCAUCAUCUGGUCCGUCGCCGGCUCCCAGGUCCGCCUGCUCGAGUACGCCGACGCCGACGGCUACUACCCGCAGACCCCCAUGCAGCUCAAGGUCGGCGUGUGGGCCGGCGGCGACCCCAGCAACGCAGAGGGCACCAUCUCGUGGGCCGGCGGCGAGACCGACUACUCGGACGGGCCCUUCUCCAUGGUCGUGCAGAGCCUGGUCGUCACCGACUACUCCACGGGAACCGAGUACAAGUACGGCAACGAGUCGGGCCUCUGGCAGAGCAUCGAGAGCGUCGGUGGUGAGAUCAACGCCAAUGCCGACGACGCCGCCACCGUCACCAGCAUCAGCGGUGCCUCCUCCACGGGCACCUCGGACUUCCCCGCCAGCGGUAUCGCUGGGGCCACCGCCACCUCCACCAUAGAGGUGUCGUCGAUCCCCAGCGGCUGGCACAUGACCUCGGAGGGCAAGAUUGUGCCGAAUGGAGGAGCAACUACCAUAAGCGCUCCACACACCGCACUUUUAUGCGGCCCCCUCAGCUUCCUCAUCCUCACGGCACUGUUUGGCCGCUGGUGAUGAAUGGCUCUUCCUCCUCCUUUGCAACAAAGGACUUCAAGAAGCCUCAUGGGGAGGCGAAAAAGAUACACACGACCGAACGACGUGGUCAAAAUUUGUACGAUGGAACGAUCUCGCAUGUAUAUACAAAACGAAUUGUACUAGCGAUACAGCAGGCAAGGGGUCAGCUGAUACGACAUAGAGUGGUCUUUGCAUGGACGGCGUUGAGGACAGGAUUUUUUUAUAGACGCGAUACCACAAGGCCUUGCGAAAGAGUGGUCUGCAUCCAGUGUUUCAGAGCAAGACACACUUACACAUUACUACAAAGUACAUAAAACAAAUAUCCUAAUAAUGCACAAAUCAGGAGAGAACCUGUCGUUAUAUCAUUUCACCUUUUAAUCAUCGAAUCCAAGAGUACUCAUGCUCGACACAACAUCAUCGACAUCUCUCUCGACCCUGCUGCUAUACCCCACACUGAAUGUGCGCUUAUACGUGCCACUUGUAUUUGAGUCAUGCCUCUUGGUCUCCGGCACCUUGUCAGACAGUGUGCGUUGGGCAUCCUUCCUGACGAACUCAACCAUGUGGUUCAGAAUAUCCUCGCGCCUCUUGAACGCCUCCCUCUCCCCAAACAUGGCCUGGUCCGUGUAGACAUCCGGCACGCGCCAGUUGACAUACAGGUUCCGAUGCGUCUGCCGGACCUGGAACCCGUCGCUCACGGCGCGAAAGUAAUAAUCACACAGCCGACACGUCGGCUUGCUGGUGCCGAUGUACCUGUAUCCUUCAAAGAACCGGGACGAGUGCAGGUCGCGCACCUCCGGGUCGUUGACGAUGGACUCGUGGACCAGGAUCUCGGCGUGCACGAUGGGCUUGAACGAGUCCUUGCUGGUCUGCGCGCGGAUGUUGGCGUCCAGCUGGAACUGCUGCAGCUCCUCGGCGCCGCUGAGGGACGACGCCAGGCCGGCCGCGCCCAGGGCGGACGACAUGCGCCCGAUGAUCUCAGCGGCCGUGGCGUUCUUGCGGCUGCGCAUGAUCGGGUUGGGCGCGGGCCGCGACGAGGGCAGGCACACGACCUGGAAGUCGUAGAAGAGC